AUGUCGACGCGUUGGCGUCAAACGCCGACGUGGCAUAGUGGUAUUGGUCUAGCUUCAGAAGUGAAAGGUUCGGUCGGAUUACGAAACAUUGAACAGAAUGACGCCAAAGAUGCUUGUGAGGAACUCAAAAUUUGAGUGGUAGAACAACAUGCCAUGAAAUACUUUGGGAAAGGAGGAGUGCCUGUAGAGAGCAUUCUCCAAAUUGAAGACGCAUAUCGUUCAAAGACUGGCCGAUUGCCAAAUGGGCUUGCGCUGACGAUUGCUCAUGCUGGAGCGCACAUCCUGACAAAAAGGGUUCUCCUGGAGGCAGGCAAGUUCAAGACCAUAUAUCCGGAAAGCGUUCGAUGCGAUGGUGAAUGGACGUUCGUCGACGACAAUCACAAUGCGCAACGAAUAGUCAAUAUGAUAUGCCUCGACGAAGCUCCACAAAUCGAAGGUGACUGCUCUUGCUCAAAGCUGUUGCGAACACAAUUAUGCAAGGAUGACACCUGUGAAGAAACGGCAGUCGAUUUUUCACCAGAUGGAUGUAUCGCAAAGUUUUCGUGUGAAAAGGGAUUCCAGCUCGAAAUCUCUCUAGUCUCUAGAGAAGGAAAGAAUGACGUGGCGGAAGUACGAAAGCAAUUCAUCGUCGAGGAUAAUCCUGCACUGACCUGCUCGGGCGGCCAGUGGGUAUUCACGACAAGCGGCGAAUCAGUUGGUUUGCUGAAGGACGAGUUCCUUUCCUGUAAAGCCCCACUUCAACCUUCACUUCAUCUAUUGGAACACGAGGUUUGA